CGGAAUCCGCUCUCCCAUUGGAUCUCAUGUUUCCCCCCUAUUUCCUAUAUUCCAUUUCCAAACUCCACAAUACUGCAAAACUUUCUCAGCACUGAGCACUUGGUCUUGAUCAUCAUCAAGAAAAAACGCAAGAGAAACAAGCACACAAAUGGCAGCUGCUAUGGCUACAUCAAUGGCUAUUCUCAACGCCAAAUGCUUCAGUGCGAACACCAAAAACAUCAACACUUCCAAGCCCACAAGACAGACUUCUCUCCUCUCCAUGCACAACUUACCAAAGGGCCUCUCCACCAACUCAAACCCUCCACACAACGCUGUCGCUAUCACCGGGACUGCUAUUGCCGGUGCCAUCUUCUCCACUCUCUCCACCGCCAACCCUGCCCUCGCCGCCCAGCAACUAGCAGAAAUAGCUGAUGGAGACAACCGUGGCAUAGCCCUUCUCAUUCCUUUAGUCCCUGCUGUUCUUUGGGUGCUUUACAAUAUACUGCAGCCAGCCCUUAAUCAGAUCAACAGAAUGAGGAGCUCUAAAGGUGUGAUCAUCGGGCUCGGGCUAAGCGGACUCGCAGCGUCGGGCUUCUUCCAUCCGCCAGAGGCUUCUGCUGGAGAAAUCGCCAACUUGGCUGAGGCUGCAGCUGAUAACAGGGGGCAGCUUUUGCUGUUUGUAGUAGCACCAGCAAUUCUCUGGGUGCUGUACAAUAUUUUGCAGCCUGCUUUGAACCAGAUAAACAGGAUGAGAUCAGAGUGAGAAGAAAAGGGUAUAUAAGGUCAUUUGUGUGCAUAUAUUUGCAUGUAAUUGUACCAAUCUGUUAAUCAAACUUUUUCUUGCACAGUUUUUGACUGAUGGCUGCUGCUCAUUUUUCAUAAUCGGCAUUUUCUGUUCAAGUACA